AUGCACGGGGAGCGUUUUGAUCUCCUUAAGGUCGGCAGGCACUUGCUGGUCGAGGUCCCACAGUUUGCAGCGGAGAGCUCGACGCUCCUGGCCGUCGCGGCCGUGGCACAGCGUUUUGGCGACGCCUGCUCGGACGUUUACUUUGUGUCCCUUAAUGUGACUGGCAAGUGGGCGGACAGCGUGCGCGAGGGCGGCUUCCAUUACAAGGCCAAGCAGCCGCAGGCCCAUCGUAAGGGAACGGGCUGGAUCGGUUUCCACAGCAUUCAAUUGAAAACCGUAUGGGGCCGUACUGGCGGAGGCAUUUCCUACCUGAAUUUGUUCAUCAAGAACUUGGGCAAGUCGGGGUAUCCAGUCGGCGGUUUGCUCGGCGGUGGGGACCAUUCGACUGUGACCACGCCCGAGUCGCGCUGCAAGCGCGUACUCGUACUCUAA